UGUUUUGCUUGGUGCGCUGCACUAUUUUCCGUGAUUUCAUUUUAAACACGCCGCGUUGCAUCGGACAAAGUUCACCCCAUUUCGUCCCGUUUCCGCGUUUCAGUGCAGCAAAGCAUACACACACAGGCACACACACGUGCACAUAUUGAGUUUAACUGUACAAAUAUUAUUUGCGUUACUCAGCAUUUCCACCACUGCAACGGAUUUCUUUCUAUCUGCGUCGUUGCAUUGUGGUGUUUUUGGUUUGACGUAAAAAAGGACCAACCAUUGAACACAAGGACAGCAAGAUGGCAAAGCGAGCGGCCGGCUUUCUCAUAUUUCGUCGACUGCGCGAACGUAUCGAGUAUCUUAUGCUGCAGGCCUCGUACGGUCAACAUCACUGGUCACCACCGAAAGGUCACGUCGAUCCGGGCGAAGAUGAUUACGCGACAGCCCUGCGUGAAACGACUGAAGAAGCCGGCUAUGCAGAAAGUGACCUCAACAUCUAUCGGAAGCAAUCCUGCACGCUGGAGUACAAAGUGAAGGGACACGAUAAGGUUGUCGUUUACUGGUUGGCGGAACUACGCAAUGUUUCCCAGGAGGCAAAGCUAUCCGACGAGCACCAGGACAUGAAGUGGCUGGACUGUGAUGGGGCGAUACAAAUUGCGGGCUACGAAGAUUUCGCAAAGAUGGUACGCCAAUUUGAUGCUAAAAUUAAGGCAAACGAGCUGUGAAUGGACGAUGAGACGGUGGUAUGUGAGAUAGCAUGUUACGAGUACAACUUAUUUAUCCUCCCGUCUUGCACCGUCUUUUUCCGCGCUGUGGCGUUUUACACUUUAAUAUCUAUAUAUAUAUAAAUAUAUAUACAAACCACACUCAAACAAAUAUGCGCGCGCGCCAAACGCUUUCUCUAAUUGGAUAAUGAAAAUUAUCGAUUGUUCUUUACGACUACUGAUUGUAACUUUAACCUCGAUUAUAUAUGAUGUAUCGGCAAGUGAAACUGUUCACUUUAAACAAACUAAUAAACGAAGUCAUGUU